ACAGCGCAGCUCAGCGCGUCCACGGCAGACGACAUCAUGUGCUGGGUCUGGAUCUCGGCUGCGGCCGCGGGGGUUUUUUCAGCGCAUGUUUUGCAGAGACUUUGUUUUCCGCACUUUUGGAAAGACUUCUCCUUUCUGUUCAGUUUGAGCCGGUACGGUCUUAAACUGGAGCUGUUCCGGCUGACUUGUCGAGUGCGCACAGUCCUGGACAGGUUCACGCAACAGGCGCAACGCAUCCCCGACAAGCCUUUUGUGAUCUACGAAGGGAGCGUCCACACCUACAAGGACGUCGAGCAGCGCAGCAACAGACUGGCAAAUGUUUUCCUGCGCAAACUCGACGUGAGCGCAGGCGACUGCGUCGCCUUGCUCAUGAACAACGAGCCCGACUUCCUCUGCGUUUGGUUCGGCUUGGCGAAGCUCGGCUGCCCUGUUGCUUUUCUCAAUACGAACCUGAAAUCCAGGGCGCUGCUGCACUGCUUCGGCUGCUGCGGAGCCAAAGCUGUGGUCGUGGGCGCAGAUUUAGCAGAGUGUCUUCGUGGCAUCUUAAGCAACCUACUGGAGGACAACAUUCAGGUGUUGGCAAUGACGAGCCAUUGUGGGGACACAAAGGUGGAGUCCGUGCUGGAUCACAUCGAUGCUGCCUCUGACAAACCUUUACCAGCAAUUUUACGUGCCGCCCCCUCUCUCAAAUCCCCCACCCUCUACAUCUUCACCUCUGGAACCACUGGGCUUCCGAAGGCAGCAGUGAUCACUCACCUCCAAAGCUUGAAGGGAGCAGGAGGAUUCUGGGCAUUUGGGGUGACGGAAAAGGACGUGAUCUAUAUCCCUUUGCCGCUUUACCACAGUGCAGCUUCACUGAUCGGUAUAGGGGGAACCAUUGAGCUUGGUGCAACAUGUAUUCUAAAGAAGAAGUUCUCAGCCUCACAAUUCUGGAGUGACUGUCGAGAACAUAAAGUGACAGUUUUCCAGUAUAUUGGUGAACUGUGCAGAUACCUCUGCAACCAGCCAAAGACAGAGAUGGACAAGGUUCACGUAGUGCGGAUGGGAGUCGGGAACGGGCUGCGUCAGGAUGUCUGGCAGGAGUUCCAGCGACGCUAUGGAAACAUAAAAAUGUGUGAGGUAUACGGCUCCACUGAGGGAAACCUGUGUUUCAUGAAUCACAUUGGCAAGAUUGGCACAGUGGGGCGUUCAAACUUCUUCUACAAGCUCCUGUUCAAGUAUGAUCUGGUAAAGUAUGACAUGAUGGAAGACAAGCCAAUGAAAGAUCAGUAUGGUUUCUGUCAGCGAGUGAAAAAGGGCGAGACAGGGCUUUUACUAUCUAAAGUGAACGCCCUGACCCCUUUCUUUGGGUACGCUGGAAGCAAGCAGCUGACUGAAAAGAAGCUGAUAAGGAAUGUGUUUGUCAAGGGCGAUACCUACUUUAACACUGGUGACCUGAUGGCUGAAGACCACGAAGGCUUCAUCUCUUUCAAAGACAGAGUGGGAGACACAUUCAGAUGGAAAGGUGAAAAUGUAGCAACAACAGAGGUGGCACAAACCCUUGGGUCAGUUGAUUUUAUCCAAGAAGUCAAUGUGUAUGGAGUGGAAAUACCAGGGCAUGAGGGAAGAGCUGCAAUGGGUUCCAUUAUCUUAAGACCAGGCUUCAUGUUUGAUGGGAACAAAUUCUUUGAACAUGUGGUGAUGGAGCUACCCACGUAUGCUCGACCUCUCUUCAUCAGGCUUCAGGUAGUAAUGGAAAUGACCAGCACCUUUAAACAGCAGAAGUUCCAGCUGGUCCAGAGUGGAUUUAAUCCCUCAACAAUAUCAGAUCCUCUUUAUGUGUUGGAUUAUCACCAGAACACCUAUAUCCCUUUAACAAAAAAUGUCUACCAGAGUAUCCUCUGUGGAGAACGCAAGCUAUAGGACUGUGAAUACGAGUGAGCGUAAAGGUAGAGAUCCAAGCACAGUAUGAUUUUAUAAUUGAGCCUUGCUUCUUGCAGUUGUUCAUAUUUCAAGAUCGAUAGAAAUUCCAGGAUACAGGAGCCUAUAUUACAAAAAAAAGUUUACAAGUCAGAAAAUAAAAAUGUUAAACGUUGAUAUUAAAGUGCAGGUAGUAUUUAAGUUGCAAACAUUUUUAAAAAUCAAUCAGUACAAAUUCAGAGUCACACCUGGUUUACAUGGAGCUUAAUAUUCCGGUUAGAAGCAAAUUGGAAAAGAAACACAAUCCAGGAAGGAAUCGGCACGUCUCGCUCCCCUGGCCAUCUCGGUCGGCCGCGAAUGCGCUGACUGCCUGCUUUAAUUGGCCCGAAGGAGGACUUAGGAAAAAAUAAAAGUUAGGGGGGGGGGGGGGAAUCCAGGAAGGGACUGGUGUGUCGCGCUUGCCUGGCCACCUUAGAGUGCACCUCCAUCGGCCGUGAGUGCUCCUGAUGUUGACAUAAUUCUGCUCAUGUCACACGUCUGUAAAAUGUCAAUUCUGAUUGAAUACACGUAAACACCAGACCGGAAUAGAUCACGUUAGGGGUGCGCUAUAAACAGUAUACUCGAUAGGCGGUACAAAUUUAGCCAAAGGUAGAGAUUUGGACUUUAUCCACCAAUCGUUAUAAGGCUUGUUAAUGACGUCAUGGCAUCUGUCUCAGUAUAAAAAUGGCUCAAGCACGUAUGAUCACUUAGGUCCAAGCACUGUUUUUUUUUUUUAAAACAGCUGUAACCCCUAUGAUGAAAACUAUUAAUGGAUCUAGGGUUCCCUUGCCCGGUAACGUGGGUCCCCCUUCCCAUGGGCUCACCACCAGUGGGAGGGCCAUAGGGGUAGGGUGCAGUGCGAGCUGGGCGGUGGCCGAAGGCAGGGACCUUGGCGAUCCGAUCCCCGGCUACAGAAGGCUCUAGGGACGUGGAAUGUCACCUCUGUGGCAGGGAAGGAGCCCGAGCUGGUGUGUGAGGUCGAGAAAUUCAGAUUAGAUAUAGUUGGACUCGCCUCCACACACAGCUUGGGCUCUGGUGCUUGUCCUCUCGAGAGGGGUUGGACUCUCUUCCACUCUGGAGUUGCCCGUGGUGAGAGGCACCAAGCAGGUGUGGGUAUACUUAUUCCCCCCCCCCCCCGGCUCAGCACCUCUACCUUGAGGUUCACCCCAGUGGACAAGAGGGUAGCCUCCCUCCGCCUUCGGGUGGGGGGGACGGGUCCUAACUGUUGUUUGUGCCUAUGCACCAAACAGCAGUUCAGAGUACCCACCCUUUUUGGAGUUCUUGGAUGGGGUGCUGGAGAGCGCUCCAGCUGGGAACUCCAUCGUUCUGCUGGGGGACUUCAAUGCUCACGUGGGCAAUGACAGUGAGACCUGGAAGGGCGUGAUUGGGAGGAACGGCCCCCCCCAAUCAGAACCCGAGCGGUGUUCUGUGAUUGGACUUCUGUGCUCACCACCGAUUGUCCAUAACGAACACCAUGUUCAAGCAUAAGGGUGUCCACACGUGCACUUGACACCAGGACACCCUUGGUCGCAGUUUGAUGAUCGAGUUUGUGGCCGUGUCAUCGGACUUGUGGCCGCAUGUCUUGGACACUCUGGUGAAGAGAGGGGCGGAGCUGUCAACUGAUCACCACCUGGUGGUGAGUUGGCUCCAAUGGUGGUGGAAAAUGCCGGUCCGACGUGGCAGACCCAAACGUAUUGUGAGGGUGUGCUGGGAACGUCUGGCAGAAUCCCGGGUCAGAAGGAUUUUCAACUCCCACCUCCGACAGAACUUUGCUCAUGUUCCGGGGGUGGCGGGGGACAUCGAGUCCGAGUGGACCAUGUUCCGCGCCUCCAUUGCUGAGGCGGACGACCGCAGCUGUGGCCGUAAGGUGGUCGGGUGCCUGUCAUGGCGGCAAUCCCUGAACCCGUUGGUGGACACCAACGGUGAGGGAUGCCGUCAAGCUGAAGAAGGAGUCCUAUCGGGCCUGUUUGGCUUGUGGGACUCCUGAGGCACCUGGUACCGGCUGGCCAAACAGAAUGCAGCUUUGGUGGUCGCUGGGCAACAACUCGGGCAUGAGAGGAGUUCGGUGAGGCCGUGGAGAAAGACCUCCGGACGGCUUCGAGGAAAUUCUGGUCCACCAAUCCGACGUCUCAGGAGGGGGAAGCAGUGGACCAUCAACACUGUGUUUAGUGGGGUGUUGAUGGUGCACUGCUGACCUCAACUCGGGACGUUGUGAAUCGGUGGGGAGAAUACUUCGAAGACCUCCUCAAUUCCACCGACACGCCUUCCCAUGAGGAAGCAGAGUCUAGCCCCGGGGUGGAUGAGAUUCGCCCACAGUUCCUAAAGGCUCUGGAUGUUGUGGGGCUGUCCUGGUUGACACGCCUCUGAAACAUCGCAUGAACAUCAGGGACAGUGCCUCUGGAUUGGCAGACUGGGGUGGUGGUCCCCCUUUUUAAGAAGGGGGACCGGGGGGUGUCUUCCAACUAUCACACUCCUCAGUCUACCUGGUAAGGUCUAUUCAGGGGUGCUGGAGAGGAGGGCCCGUCGGGAAGUCGAAUCUCAGAUUCAGUAGGAGCAGUGUGGUUUUCGUCCUGGCCAUGGAACAGUGGACCAGCUCGACACCCUCAGCAGGGUCCUCGAGGGUGCAUGGGAGUUCGCCCAACCAGUCUACAUGUGUGGACUACGAGCAGGCGUUCGACCGUGUCCCUUGGGGGAUCCUGUGGGGGGUGCUUCGGGAGUAUGGGGUACCGAACCUCCUGAUACGGGCUGUUCGGUCCCUGUACGAUCGGAAUCAGAGUUUGAUCCGCAUAUCCGGCAGUAAGUCGGACUUGUUUCCAGUGAGGGUUGGACUCCGCCAAGGCUCCCCCUUGUCACCGAUUCUGUUCAGAACUUUUAUGGACUGAAUAUCAAGGCGCAGCCGAGGUGUAGAGGGGGUCCUGUUUGGUGGCCUCAGUAUUGCAUCUCUGCUUUUUGCAGAUGAUGUGGUUCUGUUGGCUUCAUCAAGCCGUGAGCUCCAACUCUCACUGGAGCAGUUCGCAGCUGAGUGUGAAGCGGCUGGGAUGAGAAUCAGCACCUCCAAAUCUGAGACCAUGGUCCUCAGUCGGAAAAGGGUGGCAUGCCCUCUGUAGGUCGGGGAUGAGAUCCUGCCCCAUGUGGAGGAGUUCAAGUAUCUUGGGGUCUUGUUCACGAGUGAGGGAAGAAUGGAACGGGAGAUCGACAGCGUCUGCAGUGGUGUGGACUUUGUAUCGAUCCAUUGUGGUAAAGAAGGAGCUAAGCCGAAAGGCGAAGCUCUCGAUUUACCGGUCGAUCUACGUUCCCACCCUCACCUAUGGUCACGAGGUGUGGGUCGUGACCGAAAGAACAAGAUCCCGGAUACAAGCGGCCGAAAUGAGUAUCCUCCGCAGGGUGACCGGGCUCUCCCUGAGAGAGAGGGUGAGAAGCUCUGUCAUUUGGGAGGGGCUCAGAGGAGAGCCGCUGCUCCUCCACAUCAAGGAGCCAGAUGAGGUGGCUGGGGCAUCUGAUUCGGAUGCCUCCCGGACGCCUCCCUGGUGAGGUGUUCAGGGCACGUCCCACCAGGAGGAGACCCCGGGGACGACACAGGACACGCCGGAGAGACUACGUCCUUCGGCUGGCCUGGGAACACCUCGGGAUCCCCCGGAAGAGCCGGACGAAGUGGCUAGGGAGAGGGAAGUCUGGGCUUUGCUGCUAAAGCGACUGCCCCCGUGACCGACCUCAGAUAAGCGGGAGAAAAUGGAUGGAUGGAUGGAUUAAACAGCUCCAAGCUGGUUAAGAAAAUAAUGGAAUGUGGGACUGGAAAAAAUCUGCUUAGGGUCUGGGAGUUUGCGCUGGUGUACUCCCUAAGCCUCACCUCCAUGGCAGAUAACAAGCAACACUUCUGAAAAAUAUUGCUCUCACUAAAGUUGGAUUAGGAGUAAUUAACGUAAAAGCCAUGCUAUCCUCUAAACUAUCGAGUAAUCGCAAAAAAACAAACUCGGUGCUUGACACAAUUGUGGCUAUAACCCCAUCACAGUGGAGAGUAACUAACUAUGGACUAGGUAGCAAAGCGCACAUGUCCGAAAUCACGAAAUGGAUCAGUAACUUACAGCACACGUCAGCUAGGAGGAUGACCCUAUAAGGUCAAAUGUAUGUUAUCAAUAUGAUAUCAUAAAAUAUUAAUAUAUCAGCAAAGUUAAUUGUGUUUGUUUGCACUACACCGUGCUGAAGUUUAAUUUUGAGUUUUGAGAUCUGCGCAAUUAAUUAAAAUUACAUAAAAAUGUGUUUGUUUUUGUUGUUUUGUUUUUUUUCAAUUUAGCUUUGUAAAAUUAUUGUACAACCCAUUCAGAAAUACUUCCAUUAUCAUUUUUACACUAUUUAUAUCAGCAUAUACAGUGUUCCCUUGCCACUUCGCGCUUCACGUUUUGCGGCUUCAACACUUCGCGGGUUUUUCCAAAAUAGUCAUCAAAAAAUUCAUCAAAAUACAGCCAUAGAGGGCAGAAGUUAUGCAUCUGUGGCACGCCAUUAUGGCGUGCAUGAAUCUACAGUGCGGUACAUCAAGAAAGAGGAAGCAAACAUCCGCAAAACUGCUUCAAUAACCUUCAAUAAGGAAGCGAAACGUGUGGUAUGAUAAUAAUAAGAGAAUAAAAUAAGAGAAUUGUGAAAAUGGAAGCUGCGUUGGCAUUGUGGAUUGCUGAUUGCAGGGAAAAGAUUACAAAUAUUAUCAGGACAAAGGCCAAAGCUCUCUACGACCAAAUCUUGCCCGAUGACGACAAUGAAGAGGCUUAAGAAGGUGCUGAUGAAUGUUUAUUACUGUAUAAUCAAUGUUAAUUACUGUAUAAGGUUUUAUAAUGAAAGAUUUAAGUAAAUACGUGUACUGUUGUAAUCUUACAUUUAUAAACAUUCUGGUACCCACAUCCAUGAAAAUUCUUAGGGGUGGGGGGCAAAUCCUACUUCACGGUUUUUCAUCUUUCGUGGGGGGUUCCGGUCCCCAUUAACCGCGAAAGACGAGGGAACACUGUACUGUAUAUACCGUUACCGUGGGGGAUUCAAUUCAUACCGUGAUAUAUAUUUUAGGUCAUGUCGCCCAACCCUAGAUCACGUCACGUGAAACCUUUGACCUGACAUUUUCAAUCGGAAUGAUUUCUAUCAGAAUUGGGGGAAAAAAAACAAAAAACAAGUCUGCAUGUAAACCUGGCUUUUGAGUUCCUCUAACAAAGUGACUGUGAUCAUGACUGUGUCCCCUUCAGGCCAGCCACAGUUUGGCUGUCAAGCCAUGGCAAUGGGACAAAAGUGUUUGUGAGGUGUUUUGUGGAGGCGGUCACAAAAGCCUGGUGCUGAACGUACUCCUCUGCCUGAUCAGAGUCCGGUGUAGAUGGCGCUGGGUAUUGUCCAGGAUGGAGAGGAUCUUAUCCACAGUCAGCUCUGUCACCUCGACCCAGGAGUCCAUCUCGGUACCCGUCACAGAUACCACCAGCCUGUCCGGUCGCAGAGUGUCCUUCUCUUUAAUGCUGCAUCCCCAGCACACUACAGCAUGAAAGCAAAAGAAUGCUGACAACAUCAGUGGUAAAACAUAUCCAGCAGCCUUAUUUCAUUGUUGAAGAAUCCCAUUCGCCUCAGGAAGUCUCAAUGUGUCUUUCCCUUCCUGUGGAUGCUGUCUGUGUUGUCCGACCAGUCCAUUGUGUUGUUGAGCUGUAGCCGCGGUUAUUUAGGUGGUGACCACCUCCAUGCAGUCGAUAGUACGGGCUGAAGGGUUAUAUUCCUCCUGAAGUUGGAUAUGGAGAUGUUCAGCUGCAGAUGUACAGUAUGUCCUGCAUCAUUCCCAGGAGUCCUCCAUCAGGAUCCUGUACUACUCCUCCUUUUCACCUAUUUUGGAACCAACAAGCACGGAGUCAUCUGAGUAUUUCUGAAUCGUCAGACUCAUUCCGGAAAUCUGAUUGUGUAUCUAGCGUGUGAACAGGACGGGGCUGCGCACUGUCCCCUGUGGUAAAUGCUAAAAACUAGCUAAAAAAUGGAUUUUUUAGCUAGUCUUUCAGUAGGAUUGGCUUGAUAAUGUUAAAGACAACACAAACAUUGUCACGGUACCAGUUCCACUGUCGAGGUGAGAGUGAGCUUUGUCCAGCAGGUACAGGAUUGCAUCAUCGAUGCACCAACAUUCCACAGGUGAACAGGCUCAUUGGGAACAGGUGGGUGCCAUGAUUUGGUAUAAAAGGAGCUUCCCUGAAUUGCUCAGUCAUUCACAAGCAGAGACGGGGCAAGGUUCACCUCUUUGUGAACAAGUGCGUGAGAAAAUAGUCGAACAGUUUGACAAUGUUCCCCAACGUGCAAUUGCAAGGAAUUUAGGGAUUUCAUCAUCUACGGUCCAUAAUAUCAUCAAAUGGUUCGGCGAAUCUGGAGAAAUCACUGUUUGUAACUGGCAAGGCCCAAAACCAACAUUGAACGGCCGUGACCUUCGAUCCCUCAGGCGGCACUGCAUCAAAAACGAAAUCAAUCUGUAAAGGAUAUCACCACAUGGGCUCAGGAACACUUCAGAAAACCAAUGUCAGUAUACAGUACAUCCGUAAGUGCAACUUGAAACUCUACUAUGCAAAGCAAAAGCCAUUUGUCAACAACACCCAGAAACGCCGCCGGCUUCUCUGGGCCCGAGCUCAUCUAGGAUGGACUGACCCAAAGUGGAAAAGUAUUCACAUUUCAAAUUGUUUUUGUACAACUCAAGUGUGGUAGAAGUGGCUUUGUAAAUGAUAAACAUCUGGAGGACCCGAGUGUAAGUGUGGGGAUCCACAAGACAUUUGUAUUGUUAUUUGAUCCAGGGUGGUCCAGCGGCCUCACCAACGCGCCCCGAAAACCGGCCACCCGGAAGAGGCCGCAGGGACCCAACGCCACCCCGGGCCCCCACACCAAACAGCCAUCCGGCCAGAGGGGCUUGGCUCCAGGAGCACCACCAUGAGCCGAGUGAGAACCCACCUGGCAGUCAUUGGCCCCUUGUCUAAGUGGUGCAUUAAAAUCUGGACUGGCCCGUGAGGCCCGUUUACUUUUAUAUUUACAAUAUAGUAUUGUUAUUAUCAGAUGGCACGCUACCCUGGCAGAGGGACAAAAGAUCUAGAUUCAGCAGGUUGAAGAAGGGUGACCAGCUCUUUGUGUAAUUAUGUCAUCGAUUUCUUUUUCAUUCCGCGUAUAUUUUUUUCGAAUGCAAUAUACUGUAUGGUCGCAUUUAACCAGUGAUUAAUAUUAAUAGAUGGUUUAUUUUUCCGAGUUUAAUAAAAUUGUUUUGUGAAUAUUUAUUUGGGAGGUCAAUUCUGCUUAAGUCACCAAUCACGCACAAUCUUGGGGAAAGUGGAAUCCAGCAGUUCAAAAUCAACGAGAGUUUCUGCAUAACCGAAGUCCAAAAGUAAUGAAUUUGUGUGUUAAUUUCGAAAUCUAGAUUGCGCCAGAUUGGGGCGAGCAUACUGGGAGCUAAUUGAGAUUCGGUAGUUUCAAGACUUUCUCCACCAAGCCGUUAACGUGGAUGCGAUUAUUGGAGUUUUUGAAACACUUAUAGCGUUUAAGACUUGUAGAAAUAAAUCGGAGUUUUGAGAGUUUGAUGUUGUUGCAGUCUGUGUGUUCCAAUUCUAGCCAAGAGUGUGGUGUAUUCAUUUGAUGAUUUAGCUAACCCGUAGUGGGUUAGCUAAAUAAUUGUGCUUAGAGUUGGUAGCAUUUAGGCCUCCCUCGUGUUCACUUUUCUAAACAGUGGAUCAACUAAUUCGAGUUUUUGUAUUUUUUUCAUCAAAAUGUAUUAUGGCAGAAUAAAAGGGUUGGAACCAUUUUUAAUGUGGUCUUAAAUGGAAUCGUUGCGAGUAAUUCAUUUGAUGUCAUGUUUUCAUUUUGAUUGUGGCUAUUUUUCCCAAGUAGUGACAUAGGGAGGUUAUUCCAGAAGUGGUGUGUACCAGUAAUUUAGAUUGGUUAGCUCUGGCAAAAUAUUAAUACCUAAAUACUUAAUAUUUCCGAUAGCAAUGGGGUCAUCUGGGAUUUGAUCUGCAGGAUUCCACGGGUUUUCUGUUAUUGGGAGUAUGGUUGAUUUUGUCCAAUUUGAUAGAGUCAUCUGAUAAUUGUGAAAAUGUUUUAAUGAGAUUGAAGACUGCUUGAAGAGAUGACUCGGGUUCCUGUAAAUAAAGAAGAUUUUGUGUUCUGUCACUGGCGAGCAGAUACUUUUAUAUUAUUAAUACUCUGGCGUGUGGCGGUAGCUAGAGGUUCGAUGAAUAUGGCAAAUAGCAUUGGUGAAAGUGGACACACCCUUCUCUGGUUCCUCUUUGUAGAGUAAAACGUUGCGAUGUGGUGACUGUCGCUUUUGGCGAGUUGUAUAAUCCCGCUAUCCGACGUAUAAAUGAGACAAGUGUCCGUCCGGGCCAGGCACUCUUCCUGAUUGCAUAUUUUUGGAAUCCAUUAUGUAGUGCUGUGAUAAUUAAAGGAGCAUAAAGACUGUAUUUAGUUUCUAUGUUUAAUUGAGGAAUGUUUAGAUCGUUAAUAAAAGAUUUCCAUUUCUUUUUGGUCUGGGUUGCUUGACGAUGCGUGGAAGCUGCUAUAACAAUUGUAAAAUACGUCAUUUAUCAAAACAGAUUAAACUAAAUCAUUAUAUACCUAGAACAAUGACACGUUAGAUAUGAGCUUUGCAUGGUGCAGUUGUGCUUACACCCUGUGAGGGAAGGACAGGACAUGAUACAGCAGGACAAGGACAGGAGGGGAAAUAUGCAGGACCAGGGUCGUGAACCUGGCUGGACAACUGAAGUGUGCUGGGAGUGGCUCUGUAAAUUACUGUAUAAAUGUCUGUAGAACCAGAGUGUGACUGAGAGGAUACCCAAGCAUUUCGCAUAUUUUCGUAUUUGUCGCAAUCAGUGAGUGGCCCCACACCCAGAAAAUAAGUCUCGGGGGUGUGUGUCUGUGGACACAUGCAAGUAAAUUGACACUGUUUUGCAUGCACAAUGACUGACAGAAGUGUUCUGUAAUUGCUGUGCCUGCACGGCGGAGGCAGAAGACCCCACCCAAUCAAUUGAGAGGCGGGGUCGGGCCCAGGAGUCCGCCCGAGAGCAGCCCGGUGGAUGGGACACGUCCCGCACUGAGGGACCCAGGGCAGUCCACCGGCCCCACCGAGGCGCCCUGAAAACCAGCCAGCCGGAGGAGGCUCCAGGGUCUCAAUGCCCUUAGGUGUGAAUGUGAGUGUGAAUGGUUGUUUGUUUACUGUAUGUUCCCUGCGAUUGGCUGGCGACCAGUUAAGGGUGUACCUCGCCUCCUGCGAGAAGAUGGCUGGGAUAGGCUCUCGUCCUUCUGAGAAGAAGAAGAGCAGAGAAUCAGACAGAAAGGAGUGAGGAUACAUGCUGGUGGGAUGUGUGGUUCCGUUCUUUUGUUUGUCCAAGCAAAAGGAAAAAGGGAAACAAAAGUACUUUUCUCGAAGAGCCACGGGGUGACGUUAGCAUCACGAAACAGUUGACCGUCGACAAACAGCUUGUCGACAACUACGCUCGUUUGCCUUUCUCACGGUUGCUCUUCAACAAAAUCUUACGCCUCUCGUUGAUUUCCUUGGGGAACUGGUCGUUCAUUCCGAAGCAUGUCCCUUUGAGCUCACGAUCUUUUGUUUUCACAAAAGAUUUUUGUUGGACGUCUUCAGACUUUGCUAUGAAUGGGAUGUGGUCGGUUUCCUCAACGGGAGCCUUCUAAUCAAUGAAUACGGUAAAAGGUAAUCUUGUCGACUGUAUCUUGCUGUAUCUUGAGCAUGGACACGAUGAACUUUUUAAUCUGCGCCUCGAGGUCUUCCGGUGCAUUUUCCGGAAUGCCUGAGGAAAUGAGAUUGUCGUGCAUGCCACGUGGAUGUCCAGCGUGGUUUCUUUCCUGAUUUUAUAUUCCAACCUGAGAGUUUUUAAUUCCCCUGUCGUUGACAUCAUGUUUGAUCGGAGCGUGGCCUGUGUUUCUAGUUUUCUAGUGGACCGAGAAGAUCUUCUGUCGAGCUAGAUGAAUCUGUCUUCCUCCUCAUCAGCGGCUGCUGAGUGCAGGAACUGGGAUUCUCCACGACAGAUGGGUUUGCGUUGACGUAGCUGUCGGUGAGAAUCUUUUUAAGAGUACCUUAUUGAGACGUUUUCGCAGUACAGCAUGUAAGAGAGUGAUUGCGUCAACGGUCUUUCUCUUUGAACUACCUACUUCAAAGAAGGCAAUUGCAUUCUCGGGACCGUUUGCAGGACAAUACGUCCUCUGGGUAAGCUAGGAGGUGAAGGUAUCAACGGGGGCUGCCAUUGUAAUAUCAAAAAGAAUAAUUAGCAUUUAGUCCUGGGGGAGAAAAAAAAAAGGGGGAGAAACCGCAGCUGAAAAAGGAAAAAGACAAAGUUUGUCUUGUAGUAGCUGCUUUCUUCCAGAUCUACAUAAGAGGCGGCACCGUGUUUUUGUCUCUGGAAAUCACGCGGUCUCUCACGUUGUUGUCACAGCAAUGCUCGCGUUCAGCCCAGUUUGAAGUUUAAAUCGGGAAAAAAGUUUGUUUGCUUGAUGUGCCGCUAUGCAAUGUAAGUCUCACUUUGCGUGAAAAGUGCCCUCGGAUAAUGCUCGUAAUUUGAACUGCAUAAAUACCAAAUCAAAUUAUUAGUGAUUUACAAACGUUCAAAAGCUAAAGAAAUUACUAAAUGUGUUCAGUAUGUGAGAAGGCCCUUCAUUUGUGAUUAAAUGUGAAUGCUUUUCAAAACAUCUGCAAGAACCGUGUCAUUUUCAUUUUUAUUUUUUUUUUAAUAAUUGAAGCUUUGUCAUGACUCAGCUGAUCCAGAGUUUAAACUUGCACUCAUCUUUGACUUGGUAGUUGCGGUGUAAUGUUAUGUUACACUGUUUUUCCAUUCUUCGUAUACUCACUUUGACAGACCUUUCUGUUAGUAGCAUUAACAAAAUUAUUAUCGAUGACAAAUUACUUGAUUUUUUUAUUUUUUUUUUCAUGAAAACAUGUUUAAAAUCUUUUAGUUUCAGUCAGAUCCACUCAGCCCCACCCUGUUGUACAAAUACUCACCUUAUUGAUUGAUGUAGGGAUGUGUUCAGGACUCAUCAAGUAUUAGUUUCAUAUACUGUUAAGUAUCACAAUGAACUACUCAAUCUUGUGGUACAUCAAUGUGAACAGAAUAAUGUGGUUGUUGUAAUGUUUGUGUCUAACAUGCCUC